GUGUUAAGUCACGAGAUAGUCACAUAUAGACCUGUACUAAAAACCUGUUUAUGACAGUAUUUUAAAGGUAAAUACCCACCAAAAUCGAAACGAUAAUUCACUACCAUUUGCAUUUGAAGAAAUGUGCACACAAGAAUUCUUCAAUGCAUAUUCUGGAAUUUCGAAAUGAAUCACACUAUAAAACCCAAAUCAAUUCUUCGUCUUAAUUUGAGCGAACUUAGUAAGAAUCUUGGUAAGAUGGAGAAAUUUAGCACCGUAUUUAUUGGCUUACUUGGCAUUGUGAAUUGUUUUUCGAUAAUUGAAGAAAAUGACUGGGAAAUGUUUAAGGAACUAAAUGCAAAAAAUUAUAGUGACAAUACUGAGGAUGAUUUUCGUAUGAACAUUUUCGUACAAAAUCGAGACAGUAUCGUUCACCAUAAUAAACUGUAUGCUGAAAAACAUAUUACAUUUCAAAUUGGUUUUAACGAAUACAGUGAUAUGGCACACGACGAAUUCGUUGCUAAAAUGACUGGUUUCAUACCUGAUUCUGCUGUUGAUUCCCAUCAAACGGAGCAAUCUAUUGAGCAAACAAAUGAAGAAGAUGUUUCAAAAUCGAAUGAAAUCGAUUGGCGAAAAAUGGGCGCAGUUACAGGGAUUAAAAAUCAAAAUCUAUGUGGUUCAAGUUUUGCGUUCUCAGCGAUCGGAGCUCUUGAAGGUCAACUCUACCGGAAAACAAAUAAAUUGGUAUCGUUCUCUGAACAACAUCUCAUCGACUGUUCCAGUUCAUUUGGAUGCAAUGGUGGUAAUAUAAAUCGAGCCUUCGAAUAUAUUCGAAUUAAUUAUCAAAUUAACAGCGAAAAAAACUCUCCAUACGAAGCGCGAACGGGUGAAUGCAAAAUUGAACGGCAAAAUACAACUGCAAAUGAUCGCAGUUAUGUUAAUAUUCCAUUUGGUAAUGAAAGAGAAUUGACAAAAAUGAUUGAACAAAUUGGGCCAAUCUCUGUUGCUCUGGAUGCUUCACGUCCAUCAUUUAAACAAUAUAGAAAAGGCAUCUAUUAUGAACCAGAGUGUGAUCCACUUAAUUUGAAUCAUGCCGUCCUUGUAGUCGGCUUUGGAAGUGAUGAAAAUGGUGAUGACUACUAUUUAAUCAAAAACAGUUGGGGAACUUCGUGGGGAGACAAAGGAUAUGCCAAAAUCGCCCGAAACAAAAAUAAUCACUGUGGCAUUGCGUCAGCUGCCAGUUAUCCGAUUGUUUGAAGGAAUUCUUACGUUUUAUUAUAUUCAUAUUAAAUAAUAAGUGAAUGAUGU